GGUCUCCGGCAGCGGGAGCGCGCUGAACUCUUUUGGACACUCCCGGCUGCCGUCGUGGGCCCCGCCCCUCGCGCAUGCGCCCUGCGCGCACGUCGGCGGUUUCUCCUUCAGCCGGGAAGGACGCGGUGCGGAGGAACGGUGCCACCAUGUCGUCUGCGUUGGCGAAACCCCAGAUGCGGGGCCUGCUGGCCAGGCGCCUGCGCUUCCACAUCACCGCAGCCUUCAUCGUGGCCGUCGGGGUCGCGUCCUUCUACAAGUUCGGUGUGGCUGAACGAAGAAAGAAGGCAUAUGCGGAUUUCUAUAGAAAUUAUGAUUCCAUGAAAGAUUUUGAGGAGAUGAGAAGGGCUGGCAUCUUUCAGAGUACAAAAUGAUUUGGGAGAUGAAAGAUGUGUCUGGCUGACUUCCAUGGAAGUUUGUCACUGCCCUGUUUCCUCAACCAUGAAAUAUGAAUAUUUGGGCUAAAGAUAGCUUCUCUUGAAUAAAGAAUUAACAAAUGCCA